CACAAAGAGCGUUCCAUAUACAUUGCAUGCUGCAUCAGGAAAAAAUAUGGACAAACAUUCCGGCGUUGAAAGUGGUCAGCCUUCUGUUAAUAAAAGCCCAAAUGAUAAGAAAGAUUACAGGGUUGUGAAGCUAGACAACGGCAUAACUGCACUGCUGAUAAAGGAUGUUGACAACACUAACAGCAAGGAAGAUGAUGAGCAUGAUGAUGAAGAACAAGAGAUGGAGGAGGAGGAGACGGAAGGAGGUGAUGGAGCUGGGCUCGAAGGAGGAGAUGGGAACUUAUCUGUGAAGAGGAGGAAGCAGGAAUCCAGCGGUACCGAUGAUGGAGAGAUGGAAGAAGAGCAGGAAGAGGAAGAGGAGGAGGAACUAGAAGGAGGAGAUGAGGAAGAGGAGGAGGGAGAAGAGUCAUCCCAACGAAAGAAACCCAAGAAACAAUCAAAGAUGGCAGCAGCAGCUCUCUGUGUUGGUAUUGGUAGCUUUAGUGAUCCAGACGAUAUCCCGGGGUUUGCUCACUUUCUAGAACACAUGGUGUUUAUGGGGAGUGCUAAAUAUCCCGAUGAGAAUGCUUUUGAUGCCUUCAUCACAAAACAUGGCGGUAGCGACAAUGCCUCAACAGGAUUUGACAAAACCGUAUUUCAGUUUGAGGUUCAGAGGAAGCACUUUCAAGAAGGUCUAGACAGGUUCGCUCAGUUCUUCACCGAGCCUCUUCUCAAGGAAGAUUCGACAGACAGAGAGCUAGAAGCAGUGGAUAGCGAGUUUCAGAUGAGUGUACAGAACGACUUCCAUCGUAAGCAGCAGAUGAUGAGUGUGUUCUGCAGGGAGGGGCAUCCUAUGGGAAAGUUCACUUGGGGUAACUCUAAAUCCCUGAAGCUCGACCCUGCUUCUAAGAGCAUCAAUGUUCAUGAGAGACUUAAGGAGUUCAGGAAACGGAUGUACUCGGCUCAUUACAUGACACUGGUGGUCCAGUCAAGAGAUUCUCUGGAUGAUUUGGAGCUUUGGGUGAGGGAGGCAUUUAGCAAUGUCCAGAACAAUUCUUUGGAGAGGCCCUCCUUCACAUCCUGUGGUCAGCCGUUCCAACAUGAGAAAUUCCACAAGCUUUACAAAGUUGUACCAGUCCAAGAUCAGCAUACCCUGGACCUGACAUGGUCCAUGCCCUCUCAACAGAAACACUACAGAUGCAAACCUCUUCACUAUCUUGGCUGGUUGCUUGGCCAUGAAGGAAAAGGAAGCAUUAUGGCUCUUCUCAAGAAACGAGCUCUGGCAUUGAGGUUGUACUGUGGUAACUCAGAGAGCAGUACCGAACACAACGAGACGUACGCUGCGUUCAGCUUCAACAUCGUACUCUCCGACGAAGGCCUGAAGAGAGUGGACGAGGUGUUGGUGAUUAUCUUUCAAUAUAUCAACAUGCUGCUCAAGGAAGGCCCACAGAAGAGAAUAUUUGAUGAAAUCAAGAUAGUGGAUGACAAUGUCUUCAGGUUCUUCUCAGAGAUGGACCCUAUAGACAACGUAGAGGACAUGUCAGAGAGGAUGCACCUGUACCCCACAGAGGAAUACAUUACAGGCCCUCUAAUACAGACAGAAUACAAUGAACAGCUGAUCAGGGAAUGCACCAAUCACCUGUCUCCAGAGACAGCCAACAUCAUCAUCUCGUCCAAAGAGUUUGUUGGUAAGACGGAUCAGAAGGAGGAGUGGUUCGGAACCGAGUUCAUCGUCCAAGACGUCCCAACAGAGUGGAAGGCAAAGAUGAAGAAUGCUGGUUUGAACCCUGAUCUGUACCUGCCGACACCCAAUAAAUUCAUUGCAACUGAAUUUGACCUGAACAAGCCUGAUGUACCAGACACAGAUUACCCAACAUGCAUCUUGGAUACAGAGCACAGCAAGCUAUGGUAUAGACGAGAUACCAAGUUCAGCAUGCCCAGAGCAUCCAUGUACUUUCACUUCAUGACCCCUCUGGUCAACCUCUCUCCCAAACACGCCGUGACCUUUGACCUGUUUGUGUGCCUGUUGGAGCAUCAGUUGACGGAGACGGCGUACGAGGCUGAGGCGGCCGAGCUGAGCUACACACUGAAGGCCUUGGAGAGUGGGCUUGAAAUCAAACUCUACGGUUUUAAUCACAAGCUUCCACUUCUGUUUGAGACUAUCGUGGAUGUUAUCGCAAAUUUUACCUUCUCUCAAGAAAUGUUUGUGGCUGUGAAGGAAAACCUGAAGAAUUCUUACCAUAACUACAUCCUCAAGCCAGCCAAAGUCUGCAGGGACUUGAGACUGUCCAUCCUUCAGAAGGUCAAGUGGACAGCGAUGGACAAGGACAGGGUUGUCCAAGCGGUCAGCUCGACGGACGUUAUGAACACGGCCAAAGACUUCCGUUCCAGGUUUUUCUUUGAGGCAAUGGUGCAGGGCAAUUUCUCCUCAAAGGAGUUCAUCAGCCUAGAGCAGUACCUACGGGAGAAGCUCAGCUUUGCACCCAUCCCUGAAUCGGAGAGACCUGUCACCAGAGUGAUGGGCGUGCCAGGGGGGUGCCACACCCUGAGAUGGAAAGCAUACAACCAGUCCGAUGCUAACACCGUCAUCACAAACUACUUCCAGGCUGGUCCUGGGACCGUCAGGAGUCUCAGUGUUCUUGAUGCGCUCAUGACUGUCAUGGAAGAGCCCUGCUUCAACAUUCUGAGAACACAGGAACAAUUAGGGUACACAGUUAAUGCAUCAAUGAGGAACACCUUUGGAAUUCUGGGCUUUGCCAUUUCAGUCAACACACAAGCAAACAAAUUCAGUGCCAGCUAUGUUGACGGUUGCAUGGAUGCCUUCCUAGCGACGUUCAGUGAUCAGCUGGAUCAGAUGAGCAAAGAGGACUUCAGGACCCAGGUGGAAGGUUUGAUCAACAUCCUUCAGUGCGAGGACUCGUCCCUCCUGGAAGAAUCGGACAGGAACUGGAGCUACGUUCUCAACCAGGAGUAUACCUUUGACAGGAUACACAAGAAGGUUGAGGUUCUGCGAUGUUUGACAUUAGCUGAUAUUAAGACAUGCUUCAGGGAGCACAUCCAGGGCGGGACUAACUUCCGCAAACUGAGUGUUCAGGUCAUUGGUUAUGGUGAGCACGAGAAAAGCAACCCCAUAAACGCUUCCACCAAUGGAGAUACAGAAGUAGAUGACAUCGCAAUCACAUCAGCCAAUCAGAUUGCAGAUGAGAUAGAUGCAGCCAAUCAGGGAUCAGUCCAUUCAAAAUUGGACCAAUCAGAGUCGAGAGUUCUACCACAGGAUGAGGGCGUGUCAGGGGCGUGUAUAGCAGACAUUAGGACAUUUAAACAAGAUUUAUCGGUUCUUCCAAUCAGUAAGAUAGAUCGUUGAUGAAGGCCUAUGAUUUAGACUAGUAAGGUAGUUUACUUAUUUAGAUGAGGAGAUAUGUGGAUAUAUAUUUGGUCAAAUUGGAGAAUUUUUGCAACAUAUUUAUGAUGGGAAUGCAGAAAUCCUUCCUCUUUUUAUCAAUCCAGGGUGGUCAACAAACAAACAUAAUUACAAUUUAGAGGAGUACCGGUAUGAACUAAUGCAUGAAGUGCAGAUUCCCUUGCGGCCCAGGUGCAACUUUGAAGUUUUUAGAUGCUCUCCAGUACAAUCUGGACAUUAUUUUGAAUUAUUUUCAACCAAAUAACUCAUAUUUCUUCCUAGUAAUUGUUGAGAAUGGCUUUGACUUUUUGAUUAAAAAAAAAAAAAAUCAUGUUUCCAUUAAAAUUUUAGUCUGUAUUUGAUUUCCAAACCAGUUAUUGUAAAAUUUCAAACCCCCUGCCGUUACAUGUUAAAGCUACAUAGUAUUCUGUGUCCAUGUGUAUUGGUUCGUAAUUCGCUGACACCAGAUUGGGUUGAAUUACCAAUUAAUGCGUCUGUGUGUGCAAAGAUCUCUGAAGCAUUGAACUUGUGGUCCCACCGGAAACUACUCCAACUUGCCUUCAUAUCUCAAGGGUGAAGAAAAUUUGAUAUUAUGAGAAUUCUAUAUGGCGAUAGACUACUAGGCACCGUGUGCUAAACAAGACUUGUCGAUGGUAAAAGUGAAGUCUAGGUGACUGACAACACCUGUUAUUGGGUAAACACCAGAAUGGUGUCUAAUUCCCCAUGAAAGCACACUACUAUGUGUCUUUGAAACCCCUUGUAAGUCUCUUCUCUCUGUCUCUUUGUCUAUCUGUCUGUCUCUGUUCGUCUCUGUCUCACUUUCCUCUGUUCAAUAUUCCAGUGAUAGCUUUCUCUGUCUUCCACUUCCUUUCAUAUUUCUAGUGUAACACUGGAAGGAAUGAAAUAAUAUAGUACCCUCGAUCUAUAGCAUACCUUUCUGAUUUGCAUGUAGCAAUAGACCUGUUUACUAACAUAUUUAAAUUUAUGGAUGUUUCUUUCCUGGGCACCUAGUGACAAGUUGUUCCACUAACCUGUCAUUAAUGAAUGAACUUCAAUACUCAGAAUCCAGUCUGCUUAUGUUACUUGUUCCUAUGUCGGGAAAGCCUCAGGCAACCUUUCAGGUUGAAUGACCUUUUGUUUAAAAGGAUGCAUACAAUUUGAAUAUGUUAUUAAACAGGUCUUGUCUUUACAUACAAGGUUCAAGCCCCCCUGGUUCCAAGAUUUUUUUCUGACUUGUUUUUCAAUACAGAUCGAUCAAUCGAUCUUAUUUACUGGGUGUAAACCACAGAUAUGUUUAAAUAAGGUCUUGUCUAUUAUAAAGUAUUGAAUUGUAUAGUGUUGUUCUAUAAUGAUGGUUGGGUUUAGCUCUAUAUGCUUGCCUCAAACCCAUUUCUAGAAGUUUUUUUUCUCAAAUUAUUACCCAAGAUAAAUUGUCCAAAUUGGAAAAUCUCUACCAAUGUAUCUAUGAUUGUAAAGAGAAAAAUUUGUAGGGUUUUUCCCUUAAUGUCAGCUUUUUUUUUCCAUUCUAAUUUUCCUUGACAUUCAGAAUUAUUAUACACAUGUUCUAUCCUAAAAACAGAUAAAAUUAUGAGUAAAUUAUUUCUGUGAAACUCAUGUAUAUCAUGUACAAUGUCUUUAGGCAUGUUUUAAUUCUUAACAACAGAUCAAAGUUAUGAUGCAUUAUUGGUUAAUAACUGCGUAGAUGGAGGCAUAUUCACUGCUUAACAUGGAAAACGUCAGCAAAAACACAAAUGAAAAGAUACAAUACUAUUAGCUUAUGUUGACUUCAAUUAUUUCGCUGUGAUGAAAUUCAGAGUAGACAAUAACUUGUUGGAGUAGGAACAUAUGCUACAUUUUGAGACCACUUAAUGGUCAUUCAUCAUUUUAUGUACCGUUUAUAAUAUAUUGCAAAUGAUAUAAUCUGCACAUGAAGUCGGUUUGUGCCAUACUGACUGCAUGGCCACCACUCUGUAAUGCGUUGAUCUUCAAUAAAAAGGAUAAUGUACAAUUUAUACAAAAAAAGAUGAUCAUAGUGGAAACUCCUUCGAAACACUUUGAUUUUGCUGUGUCCAUAUGUAAAUGUCAUAUUAUCUUGUAUUUUAAAUCAUGUCAAUAUUUUGUUUUAAAUUAAAGGGCAAUCUUUUCAACUUAAAUUUUAUUUAUUUAAUUCAUUUUCUUUUUUCUUCUUUAAAAAAAAAUUGAAAUCAGGAUAUUAAUGGAAAUAAAUUCAUGUUUUGAAUAUCAUUAUCCCUAAUGUUAUGUACCCCACAAAGGACUCACUCUAAUUAUAUGUUCUUUCUGUCAAAAGAUGAAUUCAAUCAUUAUAUUUUAAAGAUAUUGUUAUUCCUAUGAAUCACAACUGCAAUACAUUUUUAAAAUCAUUAUUAAGGAACAUUUUUAAUUUUUUUAAAAAAUAUUUGUCGGAUGAGGUUUAAGUAAUUAUCCGAUCCUACAGAUUUUUUGUUUACAUUAUGAUUUGUUGGAACAGGGUUAAAAUGAUUGAAUUCAAGUUUUUACGUUUCUUUGCUUUUUUGUUGGGGUUAGAUUUGUUGAUAAUAUUUUUAUUAACCGAUAGAUCAAAUGCUUUGUGUCCUGAAUUGGUCAAGAUUUUUUGUUCAUGUAAUGGUAGAUAUAAAUGACACUUUGACAACAUCAUGUGUGCGGAAAGACAUUGUUAAAGAUUCGUUAUUUAAUUAAUUAAAGGCAUAUUUUGUCACAAAUUUUACGCAAA